AUGGCACCCAUCGCUGAAGACCCUGUCCCCGCCGCCCCGGCGGUCCCGGCUAAGCCGCGUGUGCUUGUGCCGGAAAAAGUCUCCCCCGAUGGCCUCGCCAUGCUCCAAGGCAAGUUCCAAGUCGACAUCCGACUGGGUCUCAGCGCCGAGGAGCUUCUCACCAUCAUCCCUGGCUACGAAGCUCUCAUCGUGCGCUCUGAGACAAAGGUUACCGCCCCGGUGCUCCAAGCUGCCGUGAACCUCAAGGUGGUAGCCCGCGCCGGUGUUGGUGUGGAUAACAUCGACGUUGCUGCCGCGACGGCUCGUGGCGUCAUUGUCGUCAACUCGCCGUCUGGUAACAUUUUGGCAGCCGCCGAGCAUACCAUUGCCUUGUUGUUGGCGACGGCAAGACAUAUUGGUCGGGCUGAUGGUACUCUCAAGGACGGAAAGUGGGAGAGGAGCAAGCUCGUGGGUGUCGAAGUUGGUGGCAAGACUCUCGGCAUCAUCGGUUUGGGCAAGGUCGGUAUGAACGUUGCUAGGAUGGCUAAGGGUUUGGGGAUGAAGAUUAAGGCCGUCGAUCCGUAUGCCAGCGCCGAGGUCGCUGAGCGCGCCAGCGUUGAGCUUGUGGCGGAUCUCAAGACCAUGCUACCCCAGGUGGAUUUCUUGACCAUCCAUACGCCCCUCAUUGCUAGCACACUCGAUCUCCUGGGCGAGGCGGAGCUCCAACAGAUGAAGAAGACGGCGCGCGUUCUCAAUGUCGCCCGCGGAGGCGUCUACAAUGAAGCCGCCCUCGUCAAAGCCCUCGACGAGGGCUGGAUCGCCGCCGCCGGCAUCGACGUCUUCACGUCGGAGCCCCCGGCGCCCGACUCGACCGCGUCUAAGCUCGCUAAGCACCCCAAGGUUGUCGCGACGCCCCACCUCGGCGCCUCGACCGUCGAGGCCCAAGAAAACGUCUCCCUCGACGUUUGCGCGCAGGUCCUCAAGGUCCUCGAGGGCGACCUGCCCACGACGGCUGUCAACGCACCGCUCAUCCUCCCCGACGAGUAUCGCCGACUGCAGCCGUUCGUGUCUCUCGUCGAGAAGCUCGGCAGCUUGUACACGCAGUAUUUCGUCGGCCGCAAGGGCGGCAUGAUUGGCGGACGAACCUUUGAGCUCGUGUACCAUGGCGAGCUGGCGGGCGUGACGAAUACGCGCCCCCUGCUGGCGGCGCUGGUCAAGGGGCUCGUGUCUACGAUUAGCGAUUCGCAGGGUCGAGACGUGAAUAUUGUCAACGCCACGCUCAUCGCCAAGGAGAAGGGCAUGGUAAUUAAUGAGAUCAAGGCGCACGACACCCCCGAUCUCGUCUACGCCAGCCUCGUCACGCUGAGGGCCUUCACGGAGGGCGGCAGCGGCGUCGACGAGGAGCCGCAGAUCAUCGAGGGUUACAUCUCGGAGGACGCGGCGUACAUUUCGCGCCUGGGCAGGUUCCACGGAAGCUUCGAGCCCGAGGGCACGGUUCUCGUGCUACACAACUACGAUACCCCCGGCAAGAUUGGCGGCGUGGGUAUGGUGCUGGGCAGACAGGGCGUUAACAUCAACUUUAUGCAGGUGGCUAGCCAUGAGCCCAAGCCUAGGAAGAAGCCUGGCAGCGCGAAUGGCCAUGGGAAUGGGAACGGGAAUGGGGUCGUGCAUGAGGCGUUGAUGAUUUUGGGUAUUGGUGGGCAUGUUACUAAGGAGGUUUUGGAUGAGCUUGCCGCGACGGAGGGCAUUCUUGAUCUUACACUCCCUGGAUACAUGGACCCAGAAAUGGUUGAGCGGUGGAUAGAGGAAUGCCAGAAUUCUGACACUUCCGAAUGCCCAACGUCCCCCAAACGUCGUCGGGCACCGGCUCCUGAUGCUUCCAACAAAGCUAAGCGACCGCGUCUUCUGCCUCUCGCCAACGUCGAUCCCAACUUCGACCGUUCGAUGUCGACAUCCAGGGAUUCAAACCGCGGCCCGGAAAAAGAAAGCUCACAGAUGGCUGCUCGCGAUGACCCAGACAGAGAACCUACGCCACGGCCAAGGAAGCGGGCAUCCCCCUUCCCGGCGCCUGCCUUGGCCAGACGUGGCUUGAACGACAGCCAGUCGGCUGUUUCGGACUCGCAAGACCGAGGAUCUGGCGUCAGCAGCCGCACGCGUUCCUCGAGUCCGAUCAAGAACCCUGACGACCUUCUCAAGCUGAAAAAGCCGGUGUCGUGGACAACCCCGGAACCGCGUGCCCUGCGGGAUGCCGUACAGGCAAUUGGAAGCGGGCAGGCACUACGGCUUUUCGACGAUGUGUGGAAAAUAGUGCAGAAAGAGGGGUAUUUGCCGCAAGAAUUGAAGGGGAUAUUGAAAGACGAGCUCAUGGUCGGCGAUUCACACUUCGCAACGAACAGCAGGGAUAUUUUCAUAAGCGAGAAGAACAAGCAUGAUGCUUCACGCCUCUCUCUCGGAAAUGAAGUGGCGUCAAUUGCCGUUUACAGUGAGCUCUGCACUAUCCGCGACAUCGCUACAACUACUGUCCUUUUCGUAAACAGCACGCGCUCCGAAGCAACCUGGAACGACCAUAUCCACGGCCCGAUCCUUCGCCUUGCUGUCUCUAGCACGCCGGAUGUCGCUGCUGAGAAUAUCACGCAAGCCAGCAUAUGUCGUGCGUUCGUCCCAGCCUCGCGUGGAGAGAUUGAGAUACUGAACGGCAAAAUGAUCGAUUACGCCCUUUUACUACGCCCAGAGAAGUCGUUAUCAGUACGCAUUGCCGAAUUCGUCGAUGGCUUCGACGGUCCGCGGACCUUCAACCAGUCGACGAAUGGGCCUCUGCGUUAUGAACCGACAGGCGUGUUCGUUGAGACCAAGGUGGAAAGCCGGCGGCGUGCGGAGGGGAAGGCCCAGCUGGGGGUAUGGCUGGCGGCGUGGUACGGCCGCGUAGCUAAAUUUGCACCAGUACCCCCCACUGCUGCUGGGACGGUAGUGAACCUACCGUUUGUACCGGUUUUGCUGGUUGUUUGCGAGAGGUGGGAGCUCUACUUUGCGUUUGACAAAGACGAUGAGUAUGAAGUGUGUGGACCGUUGGAGAUCGGGAGCACGGCCACCGUGGACGGUUCGUACCGCGUGCUCGGCGUACUACGGCUGCUAGCGAGAUGGGUCGCUGGUGAGUUCCGUAACUGGGUGGAGCGUUGCGUUGCCCUCCGCUGA